AUGCAUCAUCUAGUCGCAUUCAGUAUGUUCAGUGGCACAUUUCACCCCUUCAGUGAAAUGCUGGCCUAUUUCACGUUCUUUUGUUGGACUGUGCCAUUCAUGUACCUGGUUUCAUUGUCCGCAAACGAUUGGGUUCUUCCACAGACCAUAGACUCACACUACCGUCCAGAAAUGGAGCCGUUACUAUCUGCAUCUAAUCAGGAUGUGGUCUCAGCCUACUUGAAGAAAAAACGACGCAGUCUAUAUUCUGUACUGUCAUAUAUUCGCGAAUCGUUGCCAUUGUUCAAACCGAAGAAAGGAUUCUGA